CCGAAAAUGGAACUCUUUUGUAAGAAAGAUAAUUUUAAUACACAGGUCUUUUAAACGCUUUAUGCUACGAUAAUAUCGACCAAGAAUUAAGCGCUGAAAUAACUAGUAUGUAAAUAACCGGUUAGAAACCGGCAUAAUGAAUUAAUGUUCAGUGUGAAUGUUAUGCGAUAGGAGAGAAAAUGAAUAGUGAUCGCAGACAUGCUUUGUCUUUGGUUGAAGUCAUUGAACAUGACCAUUUCUACACGCAUGAAAGUAAUGAAGAACGAAAAAGGAAUUGGCAUGGCCAGUUUGAAGGAAAAAUGAGGAAACCGUCCCAACAUGAAGAUACAUGUAUAGGACAUGACCAUUCCUACUCAAAUUUAUUGACAUCUUCAUCUACUUCAGAUUAUUGUGAGAUGUGCAUAGAUGAAAACGAUUCCGAGUCAGAUGAGUGUGAAGAUGAAGACUCCUGUACAUACAACACAGAACAGUCGGUAAAACGGAGACAUAUUGUUGAACUCGAUGUUUUGGCAGAAGGAUUGGAGAAAGGUAUUAAAGGUGCUCAAACUGUGGACAAGCAUUACAUUUGUCAUCAUACAUUAGAGAAAGUAGAUAUGGCCUUGAUUUUGGUACAGUUUUAA